AUGAUGAUUUUCAAAAGGAUCCUGGAAUUAUUGGGCAAAGAUUUUGGUGGUAGCACAGAAGCUCUUGUUCAAAAGAUAGCAGAGGAACUAAAAGACAAAAGAUACCUGAUUGUUCUUGAUGAUUUAUGGAAUGAAGAAGAUGACGUUUGGAAUGCUUUCAAAAAUACGAUGAUGGGACCUAGUUCCAAUAAAGGAAAACUCAUUAUCGUCACCACGCGUAAGGAAAAUGUGGUAUCUAUUGUGAACACUUGUGAUCAUCCAUCUCGCUCCAGGUCAUUGACAGAAGGUGAUUGCUGGUCCAUAAUCAGAACACUGGCAUUUCAAGAUAAAGAAGUACCCGAGCAAUUUGAGAUUACUGGGCUGGAGAUUGCUCGCAAAUGUAGAAGUUUAGCUCUAGCAGCAAAUGUGAUUGGAAGAGGUAAACUUCUAUUCUACAAUCUGGGCUUUCAAAUCUUGAAGAGGGUCAGAAGGGAUUCGAUCAUGGAUAGAGAAGACUUAAUCCAGCUCUGGAUGUCGGAAGGACUUCUUUCAAACAAUCAAGAAAGUGAGAUGGAGACCACAGAGCCCAAAAAGGACAAGUAUGGCAAUAUCAUAAGCUGCAAGAUGCACGAUCUUGUCCAUGAUCUUGCAUGUUUAGUUUCGAAAUCAGAAAGUUUCAUGAAUACGGAGGUUCGCACUGUUGAUGACAUUCUUCAAGUUAGACACCUUGCAAUAGAAUCAAUUGGAGAGGAAAUAGUCAAGGACAUAAAAGAGAGAGCAAGUUAUCUCCGUACCUUAAUUUUGCCAACAUCAGUUGGCACACUGAAACAUUUGAGAUAUCUUGAUGUGUCCGACAAUAAUGAUCUCACUACUCUAUCAGAAUCUAUCUGCAAGCUCUACAAUUUGCAAACUUUGAGGAUUCUACGGCGCUACAGUUCUUAUAAGCUUCAAAGGCUUCCUAGAGAUCUGCAAUUCUUGACUCGUUUAAAGCAUCUCUAUACUCAAUAUGUUACCAAUGAUUUCGAGAUGCCACCUAAAAUCGGAAGUUUAUCUUGCCUUCAAACGUUACCAUUAUUUUGUGUGAGUGACAAGGAAGGUUGUCGAAUCGAUGAGCUGGGAAAGUUGAAGAAAUUAAAAGGCAAACUACAAAUACGGAAUUUGGAAUUGGUGAGUUGCAAAACAGAAGCGGAGCAUGCAGAUAUGGCUGUAAAGCUAAACAUUUAUCAGUUUUACUUUUAUUGGACUAGGUACAGGUAUUUCAAUGAUGAGAGUGAGUCAAUGUAUUCCACAGAAAGUAACAUCAAUGAAGAGAGUGUACUUGAAGGGCUGCAACCUCAUGAAAAGCUAAAAUGCCUAACAAUUGAUGGAUUCUGA